GUAGUGUGUAAGUCCACACCAGGGAUUUGAACUGGCGAACCCCAGGCCAAUGAAGCCGAGCAUGCGAACUUAACCAUGGCACACCAGGACUGCCCCAGAAAUUUUACUUUAAGAGUGGCUUUCUAUCCACCAAGAAGAGAGAGCAACCGGAUUGCUCAACCAGUUUUACAGAAUGAGGAGCAGCUUUACAGAAAGAAGAGGACAAUACUGGGAUCAUCUUUGACCUGUCCACUUGGAAAUAAUAUCAUCUACUGAGUUAUAGAAAGGUGGAGAGCUUUUAUUCACAACAAUGAAUUUCAUAAAGGACAAUAGCCAAGCCCUCAUUCAAAGGAUGGGAAUGACUGUUAUAAAGCAAGUUGUGGAUGAGCUAUUUGUGUGGAAUGUUGUGAAUUACGAAGAAGUAAACAUCAUUUGCUGCGAGAAGGUUGAGCAGGAUGCUGCAAGACAACUCAUUCACAUGAUUUUGAAGAAGGGUUCAGAAGCCUGUAAUCUCUUUCUUAAAUCCCUUGAAAAGUGGAACUAUCCUCUGUUUCAAGACUUGAACGGACAAAGUCUUUUCCAUCAGAUGUCAGAAGGAGACUUAGAUGAUUUGGCUCAAGACUUGAAAGAUUUCUACCAUACCCCAUCUUUUCUGAACUUCUAUCCCUUGGGUGAAGAUAUUGACAUUAUUUUUAAUUUGAAGAGCACUUUCACAGAACCUGUUCUAUGGAGGAAAGACCACCACCAUCACCGUCUGGAGCAGCUGAGCCUGAGCGGUCUGCUAGACACUCUUCAGAGCCCCUGCAUCAUCGAAGGGGAAUCUGGCAAAGGGAAGUCCACUCUGCUACAGCGAAUCGCCAUGCUCUGGGCCUCUGGAAAGUGCAGGGCUCUGACCAAGUUCAAAUUAGUCUUUUUUCUCCGUUUGAGCAGGGCCCAGGGUGGACUCUUUGAAACCCUGAGUGAUCAACUCCUGGGUAUCCCUGACACGAUCAGGAAGCAGACUUUCAUGGCCAAGCUGUUGAAGCUACGGCAGAGAGUUCUUUUUCUCCUUGAUGGCUACAAUGAAUUCAAGGCCCAGAACUGCCCAGAAAUUGAAGCCCUGAUAAAGGAAAACCACCAUUUCAAGAAUAUGGUCAUUGUUACCACCACCACUGAGUGUCUGAGGCACAUCAGGCAGUUUGGUGCCCUGAUUGCCGAAGUGGGGGAUAUGACGGAGGACAGCGCCCAGGCUCUCAUCCAGGAGGUGCUGAUAAAGGAGCUCGCUGAAGGCUUGUUGCUCCAAAUUCAGAAAUCCAGGUGCUUGAGGAAUCUGAUGAAGACUCCUCUCUUUGUCGUUAUAACUUGUGCAAUCCAGAUGGGGGAGAGUGAGUUCCACUCUCAUACACAAACAAGGCUGUUCAAGACCUUCUACGAUCUGCUGAUACAGAAAAAUAAGCACAAAUGUAAAGGGGUGGCUGCAAGCGACUUCACUCGGAGCCUGGACCACUGUGGAGACCUAGCUCUGGAGGGCGUGUUCUCCCACAAGUUUGAUUUCAAACCGGAGGACAUGUCCAGUGUGCACGAGGAUGUCCUACUGAAAGCUGGACUCCUCUGUAAAUACACAGCUCAACAGUUCAAGCCAAAGUAUAAAUUCUUUCAUAAAUCAUUCCAGGAGUAUGUAGCGGGACGCAGACUCAGCAGUUUAUUGACUUCCCAAGAGCCAGAAGAGGUGACCAAGGGGAACAGUCACUUGCAGAAAAUGGCUUUCAUUUCAGACAUUACAUCCAAGUAUAGCAACCUGCUCCUGUACACGUGCGGAUCAUCUGCCGAAGCCACCAGGACUGUUCUGAGACACCUUGCAGCAGUGUGUCAACAUGGCAGCCUCCAUGGACUUUCCAUCACCAAGAGACCUCUCUGGAGGCAGGAAUCUAAGGAAAAUGUGAAAAACACCACCGUGCAAGAAACUCUGAAAGCCAUAAACAUCAAUUCCUUUACAGAGUGUGGCAUUAAUUUAUUCCAUGAAAGUAGAUUCGAAUCAGCCCUGAGCGAAGAAUUUGAAGCUUUCUUUUGCGGUAAAAGCUUAUAUAUCAACUCAGAGAACAUCCCUGAUUACUUAUUUGAUUUCUUUGAACUCUUGCCUAAUUGUGCAAGUGCUCUGGACUUCGUUAAACUGGACUUCUACGGGAGAGCUACAGCUUCGCAGAACAAGACCACAGAAGACACAAGCAGGACCCACACGGAAGAGUCCUCAGGAACCUACAUUCCCAGCAGGGCCGUGUCUUUGUUCUUCAACUGGAAGCAGGAAUUCAAGACUCUGGAGGUCACACUCCGGGAUUUCAGCAAGUUGAAUAAGCAAGAUAUCAAAUAUCUGGGAAAGAUAUUCAGUUCUGCUACAAGCCUCAGAUUGUACAUUAAGAGAUGUGCUGGCGUGGCUGGAAGCCUCAGUUCCAUCCUUAGCACCUGUAAGAACAUUCAUUCCCUCGUGGUAGAAGCCAGUCCCCUCACCCUAACAGAUGAGCAGCACAUCACAUCUGUGACAAACCUGAAAACCUUGAGUAUUCAUGACCUACAGGCUCAACGGCUGCCGGGUGGUCUGAUUGACAACUUGGGUAAUUUGAAGAACCUUGUGAAGCUUAUACUGGAUAACGUUAAGAUGAGUGAGGAAGAUGCUAUAAAUCUAGGUGAAGGUCUGACAAACCUGAAGAAGAUGUGUCUACUUCGUCUGACCCACUUGUCUGACAUUGGGGAGGGAAUGGAUCACAUCGUAAAGUCUCUGUCAGCCGAACCCUGUGACCUUGAAGAAAUCCAAUUAGUCUCCUGCUGCCUGUCGGCAAAUGCUGUGAAAACCCUAGCUCGGAAUCUUCACAAUUUGGCCAAACUGAGUAUUCUUGAUUUAUCUGAAAAUCACCUGGAGAAGGAUGGAAAUGAAGCUCUGCAUGAACUGAUUUUGAGGUGGAUCCCAUUCCUGAACUGCUCUGUGGUUCUUCAAGUUGACAGGCUGCACAUCCUGGAACAGCUAACUGUGCUGAUGCUGCCCUGGUGGAGUGAUGUACGAGUCAGCCUGACCAGUCUACUGGAGCAGCUGGAGGGGGCCCCACAGCUCAUCAAGCUUGGGCUGAAAAACUGGAGACUCGCAGAUGCAGAGAUUAGAAUUCUAGGUGCAUUUUUUAAAAAGAACCUUCUGAAAAACUUCCGGCAGUUGGAUUUGGCGGGAAAUUGUGUGAGCAGUGAUGGAUGGCUUGCCUUCAUGGGUGUAUUUGAGCAUCUCAAGCAAUUAGUGUUUUUUGACUUCAGUACUGAAAGAUUUUUACCUGAUGCAGUAUUAGUCAGAAAACUUAGCCAAGUGUUAUCCAAGUUAACUUUUUUGCAAGAAGCUAGGCUUGUUGGGUGGCAAUUUGAUGAUGAUGAUGUCAAUGUUAUUAAAGGUGCUUUUAAAUUAGUAACUGCUUAAAUAAAGGGCA